AUGUCGGUUGACAGGCUGCUGACAGCGGCCCUGCGCGCAUACCAGGAGCCGCACGAUCCCGCCCAGACGGACAAGAUCUUUGGGACGACCACGACCCUGCUGUCGAACCUCAACAACCCGCUGAACAUCUCGCUGCUGACCUCGCACCUUCUGACGUCGCGUGCGAUAUGGGAGCUCCCCGACGGCCUGAGGACGUGUCUUCGCAUCAUCAGCAUCUACAACACCGGGGCCAGGCACCUGGUGCAGAACGAGCAGGACAAUGCCAAGCUGUCUUGGGGACAGAAGCCCGUGGGCAGCGCACUCCGCCCCGAGGAGUGGGCGCGCGCCGUGGCCAAGGGCGCAGAUGAACGCUCACCCAGAUGGAAGCACCUGUUGGUUCUCACCGGCAUUUUAGUGGGGAUGGAGAGCGACGAGAGGAGGGCCUUGUCUUCCGGGCUGAGAUCGACACUAGAGCAGGCGGUAGUGACGGCGGCGAACCUGGCAUUACAAGAUCCGAUACAGACAAAUGAGUUUGGCCGCGAUGGCGUUAUACUGGCUUUAACCUACGCGCUGCCAAUUCUGUCUGACUGGAACAAGCGGUCACUGAACUGCGAUCUUCUCAUCCCGGCAGCAUUGCAGGCGAUGACGGGUCCGGAGGGCUUCCACGGGGGCGAGUUUCUGCGUAUGAUAUCGGCAGGCCACGUCGCCGGGCACGAGGCAUUCUACCGGAACUCACCAGACUCGUUCGCCGAGGUCCAAAGACUCAUGUCGCGGCCUCUGACUCAGAACAUGGGUCCUUUGUCACGCCUCGCAGCAUUCGCACUGGAGAAUGCGACAGACUCCAGGCUUGUGCUGCAGGCCCAGGACAAGUUGCUGGCGUUCUCAGCCGAUUUGCUGGAGAACUGGAAGCAGUGCCCAUUCUCGGAUAUAGACAUCUCAGCAGAAGCCACGGUCCUGCCCCCUGAAAUGCUUCAAGGCCCGUGGAAUAUGUUAUGGCAGCUCCUUAAGAAAGUCAUGUAUACUGUCGUGGGGACGCUCCAACCCAUUGUCGGACGCUGUCUCCUAGACCCCUAUCUCAAGAACGAUGCUACCGCCCCGUUGGUGGCCUCAAGAACACUUCGCACACUCCGCAACCUCUACUUUAUAUCAUCGCGGCAGGGGGCCGACACCUUCCAGGUCUACACCUUCACCUAUCUCACAUCGAUUGACAUCAUCACCCGCUACCCGGAUGCUUGUGUCUCCUUCUUGCAAGAAACACAGCCCGCAACGCCACAGGCGAACGCUCCCCCGGCCACAGUGCUCGACCAGGCGCUUACGCUGUUCUACCUCAACCUGGCCGAGCACCUGCCUCUCUCGCUCCCGACACCGGCUGCCGAGUCCCUGAUCCUCACCCCGGCCACGUCACAUCUGUCCCUCACGAACGCCGCAACUGCACACUCCGCGCCCCAGAUCUCGUACACGCGGCCCCUCUUUGAGGCCUCGCACUCGGCCAUCCUGUCCGUCAUGUCGUGCCCCCAGCACGCGGACCUCACCGUGGCCCUGAUCCCCUUCUACAUCGACACGCUGCUGGGGUCGUUCCCGUCGCGGAUCUCACCGCGGCAGUUCCGCCUCGCCUUCAAGACGGUCAUGCAGAUCGUCUCGCCGCCCUUCCCCAUCUCGGCCACGCACCCGCACCUCUCGGAGACGCUGCUGGAGAUGGUGCACUUCCGCUCGCUGUCCGCGGGCGCGCUCUCGCUCCCGCCCGAGCCGGUCCCGCCGUCGGCGUCGCCCCUGGCCUCGCAGCGGCCGGCGGCCGCCGACCAGCCGCCCAUGUCGGAGCAGACCACCCUGGUCCUGGCCCUCGUCGACACGCUGCCGUUCCUGCCGCUGCCCAUCGUCGAGGAGUGGCUCAGCCGCACCGCCGAGGCCAUGAACGGCGUCGCCGACCCCGGCAUGCGCGAGGUCGCCCGCAAGCGCUUCUGGGACGUGCUCGUCAGCGGCGAGAUGGACGUCGAGCGCUCCGCCGUCGGCGUCGCGUGGUGGGGCACCGGCGGCGGCCGCGAGAUGGUGCUGCUGCAUGCGCCGCGGCCCAGCGGGCAGGGCAAGGGCGAGGGAGAGUACAUGAUGAGCGGUGCGCUGGGGGCCAGCGAGAGCGCGAGGCUGUGA